CACACGCCCUUCUCCAAAUCGUCUUCCUCUUCGACCCUCACUCCGCCGACCAGACCAUCAGACGAACAACCACCGUCGAUCUCUGAAAAUGUCGUUGACCGUCUCCCAAUGUUGUCUGUCACUGCCAAUCGUCGCCCACUAUCCAUCUUUGGAACCAAACGCCCACCGUCGACGUUGGAGACAUUUACUAAGAAUGCUUCAUUGUUCUUUUGCACGGUUUCGGGUGAUGAGUGUCAAUUGCCAGCAUUGGUUCAGAGCAAUAAUGCAUCCAUCCAUAAGCCUUUUCCCAAACUCAAAAUUCUACUCAAGUCAGAUCUCAGAUGGUCCUAAUGUCAAAGCUAAAGCCUAUGAAAAGACGUUUCUUCCGCGACCGAUGUUCGGUUCGUAUUCUUUCAUAAACAUAAAUGGUGCACGAGAAGAAAAGGAUGAAAUUGGACACAGUUUGAAAAACAUGGUAGAGGUUGAUGUUAUGCUCAAAAUUGUUCAUUCUUUGUCUCAAGCAUGUGUUGACUCAAAAGGAAAGAUGAGCAUUGGUGUAGUGUCCCCAUAUUCAGCUCAAGUCGUUACCAUUCAACACAAAAUUGGGAAGAAGUACAAUUGUAAUGGAUUUAAUGUGAAGGAUCGUCCAUCGGGUUUUUGUCGAGUAAUCAAAGAACAAAUGUCGCACUUACAAGAGCUAGAUAUUGGGAAACUUCAAAACACUGUCAAAGAGUAACUCGGUUUGGGAAGAGUUGGUUAUGGAUGCCAAGAAUCGUGGCUGUUUCUUCAAUGCUAAUGCCAAUGCCAUAACCAAAGACAUCCAACAGAUAGUUCCACUACUGGAUUAUUUCAACUCCAAUGAUGAAGGAAGAAGCUUGGAGAUAAUGGAGGGAAAGAACGUAGAAGAUCAUGAAUCCAAGGCCAAGAGGCUGCUGCAGUUGUUGUGGCAAGAUUAACUUCAUAAAAAAUGGAGAUGGAGGUUGGAUAUGCUUCAGCUAAGUUAAAGUUAGAUGGUCGUAUCAGGUUCAACUGGAGUCGACAACUUCAUGAGUUUACUUUCAAAGAAC